GAUUUGAGAGGAAAUUCAGAUAUCCAUUUUAUGCUGGCGCAAACAAAGCGGCAGGAGGUGACUUAUUGAUGGUGGGCAACUGUACGAAUCUUUUAAGGAUGGGCUUCUUCUCGGGAAUCUUCAUCUGAUAUUUAAUCGUCAUCAACAAGGAUAAACGAGAUGUUAUGGGUACGACGCUGACUUAGCAUCGAAAACCGCAACGUCAGGGAGCUUCGUUUCCUUCUCUCUCUCUGUUUAUAAAUAGAUGGCACCGGCUUCUCUAAUACAAGCUCGAUGUGCGUAUUCACCAAGAUUUAUUAAUGGCUUAAGAAAUGGAGCUUAUGGAGGACCUGUCGGUUCCAGCUCUUAUUCACCGUCCUCUUCUUCUUGUUCCUGCUGUUCGUCUCAGGAACUAAAUUUCUCUUCUGGUGUAAAUAGCUAUUGGAAAAAUCAAGGCCUUAGAGCACAAGCUAUGAAUACUACAACUCAAGGAAAUUUUGCAUCACGCAAGGGAAUUGUGAAUGGGAAUAAUGAGCCUGAUCAUCUUCUUGUUCUUGUUCAUGGCAUCUUGGCUAGCCCAAGUGACUGGACAUAUGUAGAAGCAGAGUUAAAAAAGCGUCUUGGAAGAAACUUUCUAAUUUAUGCAAGUGCAUCCAACACCUACACUAAAACCUUUUCUGGGAUUGAUGGAGCUGGAAAGCGACUGGCAGAUGAAGUUAUGCAAGUUGUGAAGAAGACAGAUAGUUUAAAAAGGAUUUCCUUUUUAGCCCAUUCUCUUGGUGGCUUAUUUGCAAGAUAUGCUGUUGCUGUCCUUUAUUCAGAGAAUGCCUUAGGUACUGGUCAAUCCAAUAAUCUUGUUGAUUCUACACUUCCUAGGUCUGCAAGACGAGGUAAAAUUGCAGGAUUGGACCCAAUCAAUUUUGUUACCCUGGCAACUCCACAUCUUGGAGUUAGAGGAAGAAAGCAGCUUCCAUUUCUUUUGGGAAUUCCAUUUCUGGAGAAACUUGCUCCACCCAUGGCUCCUAUAUUAGCAGGUCGAACUGGUAGUCAACUUUUUCUUACUGAUGGUAAACCUGCCAAACCACCACUUCUUUUAAGAAUGGCAUCAGAUUGUGAAGAUGGAAAAUUUAUAUCUGCCCUUGGUGCAUUUAGAUGUCGCACCAUCUAUGCAAAUGUAUCUUAUGAUCAUAUGGUUGGCUGGCGUACAUCCUCCAUAAGGAGAGAGCAGGAACUUGUCAAGCCUCCUCGGCGAUCUUUGGAUGGUUACAAGCAUGUCGUAGAUGUUGAGUAUUGUCCACCAAUCUCUUCUGAUGGCCCUCAUUUUCCUCCAGAAGCGGCUAAAGCAAAGGAGGCAGCACAAAAUGAACCCAGUGUGCAAAACACGGUGGAGUAUCAGGAAAUUGUGGAAGAGGAAAUGAUACAUGGCUUACAGCAGUUGGGAUGGAAGAAAGUAGAUGUCAGCUUCCACUCAGCAUUUUGGCCUUUUUUCGCCCAUAACAACAUACAUGUGAAAAAUGAAUGGCUUCACAAUGCUGGUGCUGGUGUAAUAGCUCAUGUCGCAGACAGCUUAAAGCAGCAAGAAUGCUCCUCCCUAAUGACUGCUAGCUUGUAGCUAUUAGGUACUAAAGAGUAAAGGCUUAUUAGGUACCACGCGGCUAGUGCAUUUGUAGUUGGAAUAUUUUAAAUUAUUACACUAUAAAUUUAUAAAAAAAAAAAAAUGGAAUAUAUAUAUAUAUAUAUACAUGUA